AUGGAAAUAUUCCUCCUAGUUGCUGACCAUCUGCCCAUGAGUGCUUGUGAUCACGAGACUGCUGGCCAUGCCGUGAGGAAAGCUCAUCUUCGCCCACCUCCAAGUUUCGGAGAUGCUAUGGUCGCCGGCUAUGGCGGCAAACUUCGAGAUGACUUUGCACCCAGAGAAUGCAGGAUUGUGUACACAAUUCAAUUCAGCCUCCGGCGUAGUCACCUGGCAUCUGGACAAAUCAGUACUAUAUUCACGGACUUUUUCAAGCUGCGGAUCAAACCGUCUACCCCAGCUGAGCCCUAUCCAAACCAGUCACCGAUCCGAUGCAUUCAAGACUCUCCAUUUUACGGAAAGCAGACAAUUCUGCCCGGUCGAGCGAAAUCGGCCCUUGGGACUCUCUCUAUGGCGAUAGAGGAGCCUACGAGUUUCCGGCUUCCUUUACACGAUCCUACCAGUCUCAUCAGCAGCUCAAUUAGGAUCAAUGUCGUAUACACAGCAGAGGCUGAACCGAUUUUCCCUCAGUUCCGAUCUGUUGGGGGUCACUUGACUUCGACAACAGUGUUCACAAAUACCUGUCACACAGACUUCCCCGAAAAGAAGAAGAAUUCACUCGGCAGGGCGUUGAACUAUCAUGUGGAGCAAUUCCCUCCGUUCACGAACUCAUUUUCCUCGUUAGAUUGGAGGCACGAGUCAGAAUCAAAUCGCUACUCGGCGACUCUCUUGGUUCCCGUCACUCUCCCUCGUCAAAAUCUCAUCCCCACCUUCCAUACUUGUUUGAUAUCUCGGAUAUAUCACCUUCAUAUCAAGGUGGUGGUGAAAGAUGGUGCGCCCUUUGAGUUCAAGAUUCCAGCUCAUAUCUUUGCAAGAGAGGACCCAUCGCAUUUGCCAUCUUAUGAUGCAACUGUUGGGUUGGAUCAGGACCAGGAAAUUCUGCUCCCAGAGACAAGUGCUUGGCUUUCUUCGGAUGUGCAGCCCUAG